CCCGGAGAAGCAAUUUGGUGGAGCGUUCAAAGUUCAAGCACUCCCGAAAAUUGAGCUAAUUGAAAAGUCAUUGCGCGAUGAAUUGGAUAGCCCAAAAGUCCGUGUCGGUGCUGUCGAAUCCGAGUUCACGCUACUUGGCAGCCAAUACGAGGACAUUGGCUUCAUCCUUUGGGCCCCCAAUGCACGCAGGGCCAGGGCAUGUGGGACAGCAGCAGAGGAGUUCAUCGAGUCAGGGAAAGGCGCUGGAGAAUCCGCAGAAUCUACCAUCACUCCCAGUGCCGACGCUCAAGGAGACUCUCCUGAAGUUCCUCACCACAGCCCAGCCGCAUCUCAAUGAGGAGGAAUUCCGACGCACCCGAAGCCUUGUGGACAAGUUCAUCCAACCCGGAAGUGAUGGGGAAACGCUGCAGAAACUCCUGGAAGCUCGUGGGAAGUUGAAGAGUAACUGGCUGGCCGAAUGGUGGCUCAAGACGGCCUACCUGGGCUACAGGGAUCCCGUUGUGGUGUGGUCCAGUCCGGGAAUUGUCUUCCCGGAGAGAAAAUUCACCAGCCAGCGGGAUCGUCUGGCCUUUGCGGCUAAAGUCAUUACGGCUUCCUUGAAGUUCAAGGAAGAAAUUGACAACAAUCGCAUUCCCAUUGAGAAAUUUGGGAGGAGCGAACUGGACAUGCAGCAGUACAGGAAGAUCUUUGGCACAUGCCGAAUUCCAGGGAGAGAAAUUGAUACGAUUGAAUUUAAUCCCACUUCCAAGCACAUCGCUGUCAUUCAUCGGGGGAAUAUCUUCAAAGUUCCCGUCUAUGGUGGAAGCAAUCAGGAGGAGAUUCUGAGUGAGGAGGAACUCAUUCAGCAGCUUGAGGAAUGCACGAAGGAAGAGAAGAAUCCCUACCCUGUGGGAAUCCUCACUUCGGAUAAUCGCAAUAACUGGGGCAAGGCACAUGAUUUCCUUCUAGCAGAUCCCAAAAAUCGUGCCUCUCUGGGGGAGACUCAGAGCGCUCUGUUUGUUCUCUGUCUGGAUGAUGCAGUUCCCCGUCCAGCAGAGUACAAAACAGUCACCAGUCAUCAGGUAAUCACAGGCGGUGGAUCCCAUCAGAACACCGGAAAUCGCUGGUACGAUAAAACCGUUCAGUUUAUUGUGGGAGAAGAUGGUCUCAAUGGGCUCACGUAUGAGCAUACUCCUGCCGAAGGAGGUCCCAUUGCUGUUCUCACUGAUCAGAUCCUCAAAUACGUUGAUUCAGGAAAGCCUCCAAUUCAGAGUCGUGUAGGGAUCUAUGAGAAGCCAACACUGCUGGACUUCAAUAUCAGCGAAGAUGUGAAGAAGUGCAUCGGUGAAGCAGCAAAUAAUAUUGAUGCUCUUUCGCGGAAUCUGGACAUGGAUUAUUUGCAUUUUAAGGAAUUCGGGAAGGGAUUUAUCAAGUCCCAAAAAAUCAGCCCAGACAGCUUCAUUCAGAUCGCUCUGCAAUAUACUUUUUACAGGCUUCAUGGAGUUCCUGGGGCACACUACGAAUCAGCUCAUACGCGUCUCUUUGUUCAUGGACGCACAGAGACAAUCAGAUCAUGCUCAAAUGAUUCAAUUGCCUUUGCAAAGUCAAUGAUGGAGAGUGGAAGUGAUGAGGAUCGUGUGAAGAAACUCCUGGCUGCCAUAAAUGCCCACAAAGACUACACAAUGCAGGCAAUGCAGGGAAAGGGUGUUGAUCGGCACCUCCUGGGCUUGAAGUUGACAGCCCAGGAGAAUAAUAUUAAAGUUCCUGAGCUCUUUAGCGAUGCAGGAUACAUUAAAAGCUCCCAUAUGCGGCUCUCAACGAGUCAGGUUGCUUCAAAGUAUGAAGCCUACAUGUGCUACGGACCACUCGUAGACAAUGGCUAUGGGUGCUGCUACAAUCCACGUGAGGAUGACAUGUUAUUCGGCAUUUCAGCCUUCAAUUCAUGUCCCGAGACGUCCUCGAAGAAGUUCAGCAUGACCCUCCGGGAGUCCCUCAUUGACAUGUACAAGAUCCUCUCGGCCACAGGACGCGGCAUCAAGAGCAAGCUCUAAAGAAGUUCUUGCCAAAUUCUUGCCAAUAUUUUUAUGACAACGCAACAAUAUUUUAUUCAACGAAAGACUUUCAGAUAUUAUUUUACAAGGAGACUUUUUUAGCCACAGCAUUUUUAUUAUAUUAGGUGUUGGAACAUUUUAAUAUAGAUUUAUUUUUUCAAAA